UUUAUUUCUAAUUGGAAAUCAAACAAAAUUAACUGAAAUAAAUUGUAAAUAAUAUCAUACUGAAUGGCACAAGUUUGAUGUGAGUUUUAUUUGAGUAUAUCCAUGUGACAUUUUCUGGGGGCUUGUCCGGGAGUCCAACUUGUGCCGUUCGCAGUCACAUGGGUAAUGUGUUCGUUGGAAUAUUAUAUUUUUGAAUUUUUGGAAUAUUGAAACAUUGUUUAUCUGACCUCAUCUAGACGAAGUAGAAUUUUUCAAUUACAGUAGGAUAGAUUUUUUUUCUCCAAAAUGGAUUAUGCUAGUUUAAUUGCAGCUGGUGAAAAGUUUGGGUUUACUGGCGAAGACCUUAGAAAUUUUGUUUCAGAAGAACAGAAAAAGCAAAGGGAAGAGAGAGUUCAGUUGUUAGAAUUAAGGAGACAGGAAAAAGAAACAGCAGAAAUACAGUUAGAGAUAGAACGCCAAAGAAAUGCAAAAAGUGAAUCAAGUUCUGAUGGUAUUAGAGCUAGGUCUCCAAAGUUACCUCGAUUUUACGAAGACAAAGAUAACAUUGAUGCUUACUUACAACGAUUUGAACGUUAUGCCCAAAGCCAAAGUUGGCCAACCACAGAUUGGGCAAUGAAUCUUAGUGCUUUACUCACAGGAAAAGCUCUGGAUGUACACGCUAGAUUGACCAGUGAUGAAGCAAAAGAUUACAGGACAUUGAAGACAGCCCUCCUGAAGGCCUUCCAGCUUACAGCAGAAGGAUUCCGUGCGAAGUUUUAUUCAGGUAAACCAGCCAACGGAGAAACCGCAUCCCAAUAUGCGAACAGACUGGAGAGCUACUUAACUAGAUGGAUUGACCUCUCCAGCAUCAACCAUCGAUAUGAAUGCCUAUUUGAUCUUCUUCUCAGAGAACAUUUCAUGAAUGGGUGCCAUCGUGACUUAGCAAUUUUCCUGAGGGAAAGACAGCCAAAGACUACUAAAGACACCGUGAAACUGGCAGAACAAUACUUAGACGCAAGAGGAGGCGUGUUCAGAGCACCACCGCAACAGAGGAAUAACCCUACAGUGCAUACCACAAGACCAGAAGGUAAAACUUAUACUCCUCAAACUCCACCCCGACCCCGAACACCACAAACGUGUUACACAUGUAACCAACCAGGUCACUUGUCUAGAAAUUGCCCCAAACAGGCAACCAAACCUAAUGUGCCUAAGACUUGUUUUAUAUGUCAUAAACCGGGUCACUUUGCUAAUAAUUGUCGUUUCUCUUCCAUUAAGUCAGCAGGUUUAUUGGUAUCACAGGAACCAGAAGCAGCCUGCGAAUCAGAAGUUGAAUCAGGAACCGAUGCUGAUUAUUCACAACCCGAAUAUUCAGAACCUAUCCCACACAGUCCAUGUCAAUGUCCAUCUUGUACUAACACACAGGUUCGAAUAGAAGCUUCAUGCAUGGUGGUAAGGAUGCCACCCGAUACCCCUCCUUUUGAACCCACAGCAGACCAUGUCACAUUUAGUUGCGGACACAGGUUACCACUGAUGAGCGCUGCAUGCUCUGAUGAGUAUGUAGUCAAAGACAUGCCAGUUGUUGAAGGUAUGAUAGAUAACAAAAUAAUUUCAGUUCUAAGAGACAGUGGUUGCAGCGGAGCAAUCAUCAAACAAGAUCUCGUAUCACAAAAACAAAUGACAGGUGAAGAAUGUACUUGUGUUCUAAUUGAUCGUACAUUGAGAACCUUCCCAAUUGCAAUGAUUGAUGUAAACACCCCCUUUUACGUUGGUAAAGUUCGUGCAUUGUGUGUAAAAACUCCUCUCUAUGAUCUAAUUCUAGGAAACAUUCCUGGUGUAAAAUCACCAGAUCAUCCAGACCCACAUUGGAAGCCGACAAAAAUUGUCACGCCAGGUUGCGCAGUACAGACUAGAGCACAAGCACAACGAGAAGGCAAGCCAUUUCGUCCCCUCAAGACUCCUAAUCCCAUGGAAGACAUUGUGACGCCAUCAGUUCUGAAAGAAGCGCAGCAGAAGGAUCAGACUUUACAUCGACUACGAGAAUUGGCCGACAGCGGUGCAGAGAAAAUUACGCCACCAGAUAUCCUGAAGCAGUUCCUCUACCAAGCAUCGAGACAGAAAGAGUCGCCGAGGCCCUUGUUAGCAUCUUCACCCGAGUUGGAAUUCCAAAGGAAAUGCUGACUGAUCAAGGAGCCCAGU